UUCAUGAGUUUCUGCUAUCUAACCUUAGGACAACUUUCUGCCAGUGUAGUUCCAGUUCCCACUGGUUAGCGACAUUGACAUUGUUAGGCCAGACAAGUCUCCGGGACCAAAGCGUAACCAAUGGAUUUGACCUCGUUAAAGCAGCCACAAUAUAGUAGCAAAAACCCACCACCUGGAGAGAUCUUGGACAGCAUCUGAGAUGAUGACUUUGCGAGCUGUGGAAAUGGAUUUUGUGCGAAAGCGAAAACGAAGGAAGUGCCAUGUGAUGUAAUCUUUUGGUUUAUCCAUAAAUAAAGUUAAAAUUAUGCUAUGGCUAAGUAUAUGAUGAUCAAUCUUUACACAUUGAUGAAACAUGAAAAAUCAGUUGAUUCUAAGUUCUUUGAACGCCUUUCAUAACCCCUAUUAUAUAACCCAUUGUAAAUAUUGCCAAUUUAAAUCAACUACAGAACUAUCAAACAGAACGAAGAUAUGCUGAAAAUUUUAACAAUUUCUUUAAUUACGUACAGAACUUACCCUCGGAUUGGGGUUUUGGCAAAUAGUGCCAAUUUUUUCCAUUGGUAAACAAGUGCGGAUUCGGAUUCUAAGCGUGUUCUGUGCAAAUAGCCUAAGAAUGAAACAAAACCAACAAAGCUAUAGAUAUCAUAACUGGAGAUUCGAGUACGAAACAGGCGUUAUUUGCCCUGAACAAAUAUGCAAAAAUGAAGACUAACAAUUAGCUGAGAUGCUGCUUGGAUGGUUCUGCUAUAUAAGUCUGAUUUUUGAAGUUACUAAAGCACAGUUUCUUCUAUCACAGCCAAAAGCACAGACAGCAAGAUGCGAUUCGGUUGCCUAUCGGCUUUGAUCUUUGCCUGCCUCCUAGUGGUGGCCAAUAGCGCAACAACGACCCCAGCGAGCUCCACACCGACUCCCACAACGACCCCCCCAGCGAGCUCCACACCGACCCCCACAGCAUCCACGACUACACCUACAACGUCGGACACAUCAUCAAGCUCUUCGACAACGACGUCCACCGCCACCACAACGGUGGCACCAACGACAACCACCACCACUACUACAACGGAGGCAACCACCAGUGAUAAGAAAGUGAGGCAUACUCGCCGUUGGACAACCACCCAUAAGAGGAGCGGCAAGAAGGACAAAAAGAACAAGAAGGACAAGAAAGACAAAAAGGACAAGAAGCACAAGAAGCACAAGAACUCCAAGAAGUCCAAUAGGAAGCUCAAGCGUACCCGCCGCAGUGGUUAA